AUGGCGCUGAUUCCCCGCACCCCACUGAUGCUCGGAAAGUAUGGCGAGGCGAGUUCCGGCUCGAUGAAAAACCUGGAUAAUGGUCUGAGGGACCGGGUGCUCUACCAUCAGAAUAUGCUGAGCAUGAACCUGACAGCCGAAUUUUACCAUAAUCCAUUCCUUGCGGCCGGUUCUGGUGGUGGUAGUAACGUCGGUGGAACGUCUGCAAGCGGUGCAACCCCCACGAUGGCACAGUCACAAAAGAUGCUCAACAGUCUGGCAUCUGCAAGCCAUCCGCAGCAGCAACACGCCAGUAAUGGAUCACCCACGGCAGCAGGUGUACCAUCACCGACAGUCCCAAACAGUGCGUCCCAAUCGCUGACGCAGUACCAGUGUCAGCUCUGCCAGAAGUGUUUCAUCUCGAGCGCGAUACUCACGCAACACAUGAAAACACACGAUAGUAAUGGAUUUGUCGCUCGUGAAGCGGGUAAUUACGUCCAGCAGCAACAGUCGGUAACAACGACCCCUUCGCCCGUAACGGCAGUGGCCUCGAGCAGUAAAACUAGUCCACCGCUGCUAACACAGCACAACAUCAAGAGCGAGUACGUCGGUGGAACUGUAACACACACGAUGGGCCAGUUCGUGUACGGCAUGGCGAAGCAGUUCGAAUGCCAGAUCUGUCACAAAUCGUUCAUGACGAUGGUGAACUUGAACCUGCACAUGAAAAUUCACGAAGCCGGCGUAAAGCCGAUUGGAACGGCUCACAUGUACUCGCAAGCGAGCGGGGGCAAUUUGAUUGCCGGUGGGACGACAGCUGGAACCUAUCACAGUGGACAACAUCACAACCCGCAGCAUCAUACGAUAGGCCCCGCGGUACCGCCAAGCUCCAACAGCACGGAUGGACUGUGUCAAAUAUGCCACAAAACUUUUAGCACAGCGGACCAGUUCGCGGCACACAUGAAAAUUCAUGAAAAUGAAUUUAAGAAUCGUGCCCUUUAUCAUUCAAGCAGUGCGAACGCUAACGGUGGUGAUGGUUCUACCAGUGGGCCGAUACCGACAAGCAAUGGUGGCGGUGUGGGAGAUCAUUUCUAUGCUUCAGCGCCGCCCACACACCAAACCGUGCACGCACCACCUCACCUAGACGCCAGCAAGGGCCACCGGUGUCCAAUUUGUCACAAAAUGUCCAACAAUAUCAUUGAACAUAUAAAGCAGCACGAAGGACAGCUAACGAUGGGAGGUAACACGACUGGCUCGACGACGAGUGUCGUAGGAUCUCCGGCUCCGGGUGUUGUUGCCGGCUAUCAGCAAACGAACGAAGACUCGCAGUCCUCGCUGGAGGACGACAGUGAUGGUGGUGAGAACGUCCGAAAGCAUGAGUGCUUGAUCUGCCAUAAGAAGUUUUCCAGCUCCGGCAAUCUGGCCAUUCACAUACGGGUACAUUCGGGCGAGAAGCCGUUCAAGUGCAGCGUGUGCGGCAAGGGCUUCAUUCAGUCGAACAAUCUGGCUACGCACAUGAAGACGCACACGGGCGAAAAGCCGUACGCGUGUACGAUCUGCGGGAAAAACUUUAGCCAGUCCAACAAUCUGAAAACCCACAUCCGUACACACACAGGUGAAAAGCCGUACGCGUGCACCAUCUGCGGCAAACGGUUUAAUCAAAAGAACAAUCUGACCACCCAUAUGCGCACGCAUCAGCUGGUGUGCAUGGUGUGCGGUGUGCAGUUUAUGCAUCCGUCCGAUCUGGCGAACCAUAUGAAGUUCCACAACGAUGAAAAACCGUUCAUCUGUUCGGUGUGCAACAAGGUUUACCUGAACCUGGACGAGCUGACCGAGCAUAUGAAGAAAACGCAUAACCAGGUGAAACCGUAUCGGUGUCACAUUUGCGACAAAACGUUCACGCAGUCGAACAAUCUAAAAACCCACAUCAAGACGCACAUCUUUCAGGAUCCGUAUAAGUGCCAGAUGUGUUCGCGCUCGUUUCAGAAGGAGGAUGAUUACUCGCAACAUAUGCUGGUGCAUACAGCGGAUAAACCGUACGAGUGUACGUAUUGUGGCAAGCGGUUCAUACAGUCAAAUAACUUGAAAACGCACGUCCGAACGCACACUGGCGAAAAACCUUACCGGUGUACGAUCUGUGCAAAGAACUUCAACCAGAAGAACAAUCUCAACACGCACAUGCGCAUCCACACGGGCGAGAAACCGUUCGAGUGUACGAUCUGCGACAAGCGGUUCAACCAAUCGAACAACCUUAACAAACACAUCAAAACGCACGGCCAGGAAAAGGACCAACAGCAGCAACCGCAAGCGAGUUGA